GCCUCGGCAGGAUUGCUACUGAGAUCCGUCACGUCGCAUGUCUGCGGUUUCCGAAAAGAUUGUAAAGGCUCCCGGCCGUGCCCUCACUGAGUUGGAGCAGAAUGUCGCCAGAGCUAUAACUGAGAUCGAGGCCAGCAGCCCCGAGAUGAAGGUUCUUCUCAAGAACAUCGUCUUCGGUUCUGCUAAGGAGAUUGAGGUCAAGGCUGACAGGAAGGCCAUCGUUGUCUUCUUCCCCGCCAGGGUGUGGAAGGCCGUCCAAAAGGUCCAGGGCCGUUUGAUCCACGAGCUCGAGAAGAAGUUCCCCAAGCAGCAGGUCAUGUUCGUUGCCCAGAGGACCAUCCUCGACAAGGACUUCCGUCGCCGUGGCCUCAAGGUCCGCCCACGCAGCCGUACUCUCACCUCUGUCCAUGAGGCCAUGCUCGAUGACAUCGUUGGACCUGCUGAGAUCACUGGCAAGAGGACUCACGUCUCCGUCGACGGCCGCAAGACCCUCAAAGUUAUGCUUGAGCAGACUGAUGCCCACCAGGAGGACAGGUUCGCCGCCUACUCCGCUGUCUACAUGAAGCUCACCAACAAGCCCGCUCUCUUUAUGUUCGAAGCUUAAAGAGGGUGUAGAUGGCGUCGUUACGGUUACGUACCACUAGCAAUCCGAGCCAAGAACAUCAUA